AUGCCACACCGGACUCCCACAGCAGCGGGGGAGCUGCUGCCUGAGGGGAAUCAGCUUGCUGCUGCUGCUGCUGCUGUUGCUGCUCCGGCAUGCUGCAGCAGCCGCAGCUGCAGCAGGAACUGCAGAGAUACCUCCUCAGGCAGCAGUAGCAGCAGCAGCAGCAGCACUUGCUGUAUCCAUUCACAUCCCAUGCUGCAGCAACAGCAGCAGCAGCGGAGGACAGCAGCACCAGCUGCUGGUGGCGGCUGUUGCCACGCUGCCCGCCAUAGGCAUCAUAAACAGCACCAGCAGCAGCAGCAGCAACAGCAGCAGCAACAAUGUCGUGCGGCUGCCGACGGCCCUGGUGCCACUCUUGCUGCAGUGGACACAGCAGCAGCAGCAGCAACAGACACGCAGAUAAUUGCUGCUGCUGUGGCACGCGUGCUGCACUUACAGCGCCAGCAGCAGCAACAGCAACAGCAACAGCAGCAGCAGCAGCAGCAAGCGCAAGCAGCUCCCCCCCUGUCUCUGCUUGCCUUACAGAUGGAUGCUUUGCUGCUGCAGCACGGCAUCCCUCCUUUAUCAGCUAGAGGGACUUUGCUGCAGCACUUGCUGCUUCAGCAUUGGCCUGUGUUGCAGCAGCAACUGCAGCAGCAGCAGCAGCACACUAUGCUGCAGCAGCCACAGCAACAACAGCAGCAGAGAGACGGCACAGGGGCCCCACGCCUUAACUUAGAAAUCGUUGCAUACCAUCCACAGCAGCAGCAGCAACAGCAGCAGCAGCAACAGCAACAGCAGCAGCAGCAGCAGCAGCUGCAGCUGCAGCAUAUUAAGCAGGGUCUGCUUCGUCUUGGCAAGUUCUAUGAAGGUUUGCUGCUGCGAGAGGCGCGGCAUGUGCUGCAGCAGUGGCGCACGGAGGCAGCAGCAGCAGCAGCAGCAGCUGCUGCUGCUGCUGCAGUUGGGGAAAAACUGCAGCAAUCUGUUAACUGUUCGAGGCAGCGCAGGUUGCUGCGGUGUUGGAAGGCAGCAGCAGCAGCAGCAGCAGCUCGUCGGCAGCAGCAGCAGCAGCAGCAGCAAGCCCUUUCUUGUCUUUGCCGCUUUGUAUCACGACGUGCCUUAAGAGGGGCACUGCAGCACCUGCAGCAGCAGCUGCUGCUGCUGCAGCACAGCCGCAGCAGCAACAGCAGCAGACACCUUAAGGAGAAGGCCUUACGUGCUUGGUUUUGCUGCCUGCAGCAGCAGCGACGUGUUAGGCAGCUUGCUGUUGUUGCUGCUGCAGUGCGAGAGCAGCAGCAGCAGCAACAGCUGCAGCAGGCGUGGUAUGCAUGGAAGCAGCAGCAGCAACAGCACAGCAGCAGCAACGCUGUGCGUCUUCGUUUGUUCACUGCUGUGCAGCAGCAGCGGCAACAGCACCAGGUGCUGCUGCUGCUGCAGAAGCACUGCUGGCGGCAGCAGCGGCUGCGUGCUGCAGCAGCAGCUAUACAACGCCGUGUGUCCGUGCUGCUGCUGCAUGCAGUUAUACAGCAGUGGGGUGCAGCAGCAGCAGCAAGUCGUGAAGAAGCUGCUGCUGCUGCACCGCAGCAGAGUGCAGCAGCAAUCAUAGCAGUCCUCCGCUUUGUGGUGCUGCAUGCACAGCAGCAGCAGCAGCAACACCAGCAACAACAGCCACAAAGGAAGCAGCAGCAGCGUACCCUGGCGCAGGUUGUUCACCAAGCCAUCAGCAGACAGCAGCAGCAGCAGCAGCAGCUACCGCUGCUGCUACAGCAGCAGCAGCAGCUGCCGCCAUUUGCUGCCUUGCUGCUGUCUUAUAUACCUAUAGAGAUGCCUAUACACCCCAAGAGAUUGCUGCAGCACUUACCAGCUAUUACUAACGCACUUAAGGGAUGGGCUGCUGCUGCUGCUGCUCUUCGGCUGCAGCAGCGGCAGCAGUUGCUGCGUCGCGCCUUUGAUGCCUUAAUAGUUGUUACACGUACGGUGUCUCUGCAGCAGAGAGCCUUUUGUGGUUGGCGGGUCUUUGCUGCAGCAGCAGCGCAGCAGCGGCAGCACGAGGAAGCUGCUGUUGCUGCGCUGCAGCGGAAGCAGCUGCAGCGUUUCUUCUAUUUGCUGCAGAGAACCUAUAGGGAGCGCCGCCGUGCUGCUGCAUGCAAGGAAGCGUCAAUGCUGCUGCAGCAGAAGCAUUUGCUCCGCCGAGCAUUCUUCUCUCUCCGAGCCAAUGUUGCGGAGGAGAAGAAGAUAAGGAAGGCGCGUGCUGUCUGUCAGCAGCUGCAGCAGCGGCAGCUGUUGUGGCUGUGGUGGACAGUUGCUGCUUCUGCUGCUGCGCUGCAGCACAUGGCUUUGCUGCUGCAGCAGCGGCGAGCACAGCAGCAGCUCCGAUGUAUUUUUACUGCAUGGAGGGAAGCAGAGGGCCGCAGCAGGCUGCUGCGCCAGAAGCAGCUGAUGGUGGAGCAGCAGCAGCAACGGCUGCUGCUGCAGCAGACUAUCACUACAUGGCGGAAGGCAGAGAAGCUGCAGCAGCAAGAAAAUCUGCUGCAGCAGCAGCAGCAGCAACACUGCAAGCAGCAAGUGCUGCAGGCGUGGCUGUCUCUUCUUGUGUCAGUGCGGCUGCGGGUGUUGCAUGCACGUGGAGCUGUGCUGCAAGGAGUGCUGCUGCGCCUGCUGGCUUCCUGGAGGCGGCGAGCAGCAGCAAGACGGCGCGGCUUGUUGGUGCAGCAGCAGCAGAAGACACGAUUGGUUGCUGCUGCUUAUACGGGUUGGAAGCAGCAGCACCAGGAGGAGCAACAAAGGAAGCUUCGGCUGCAGCAGGGCUUCGAGUUGCUGCAGCAGCAGCAGCGAAGGAGACUCCGUGCUGCGCUGCAAUGCAUGCGCGAAGCAGUAGCCCGCAGCCCGUUAGAGCAGCAGGCUGCUGCUGCAGUGCAGCGACGGCAGCAGAAGCUGCUGCUGCAGCAGACAUGGAGGCUAUGGCAGCAAGCAGCACACAAGCAGCACCUGCUGCUGCGGCUGGGUGUCGUUGCUGCUAACUAUAAGGCACGGCUAGCACUGCAGCAGCUGCGCAUGCAUGCUGCAGCAGAAGCAGCACUGCAGCAAACCCUCCUACCCUUCUAUGAGAGCAGCAGCAAGCUGCUGCUGCGCCGCUGCUUCCGACAGUGGGCUGCUGCUGCAGCACGGAAGCAGCAUCUGCAGCAGGCAGCAGCCAAAGUUGAGCUGCUGCAGCAGCGAAGGGCUAAGGAAGCCUUCGUGGCUUGUGCAGCAGCAGCUGCAGCAGCGAGUUGCUUUUGCUGCUCUUCGUCUGCAUGCAAAGCAUGCAUCCGUGGUGCUGCUGCUCGUGCUGCUGCUGUCCCGAGGGUCGAGGAUGGCGCUGCUGCGUUUUGGCUGGCAGCAGCUGCUGCUGCACAGGGAGAGAGGACAGCAGCAAGAGGUCAGUUCGUCACUGCAGCAGCAGUAGUAGUAGCAGCAGCAGCAGCAGCAGCAGUAGUGGCAUACACUACUACAGCGGGAGCAGUAGCAGCAGUAGCAGCAUCAGUAGUAGCAGCAGCUGUAGCAGCAGCUGCAGCAGCAAAGCGUGGCGGUUGUUGUGUUGCUUCUGUCUGUUUGCAGCUGCAGGCUGCUGCUGCGCUGCAGCAGCACGAGAGGAAGCUGCAGCAGCGGGUAUUUGCUGCAUGGCGUGAGCAGCAGCAGCAACGGCAGCAACAGAGGGACAGGAAGCAAAAGCUGAAGGAGCAGCAGCAGCAGCUGCAGCAAAUGCACCGCAUGCGGCUGCAGCAUAGAGUGCUUGUUGCUUGGCUGCAGCGGCUGCUGCGACCAGUGCAGCAGCAGCAAACAGCAGCAGCACUUAAGGAAAGGUGCAACAGGAAACUGCUGCUGCUGAUGCUGCAGCAGUGGCGUGCUGCUGCUGCUGCAGCGCAGCGCCGUCGUCUUGCUGCCGGUGAGGAAUUAUUGCAGCAGCUUCCUGCAACACCACCUGCUGCUGCUGCCAUUCGUGCUGCUGCUGCUGUUGUUGUUCUUGCUGCUCCUCCUCCCUUAUCUUUAAUGCGUGUGUUCGCUGCUGUUGCUGCUACUGCUGCUGCUGCUGCUGCUGCUGCAGAGAGAGUGCGUCAGCAAUCUGCGCUGCGGAGUCUUCGGGCGAAUUUUGCUUGUCUAAGGAAUACUGCAAGGAGGCAGCAGCAGCAACGGUUGCGGCUGCUGCAUGCGUUGCUGCUGCUGCCGGUGCAGCUGCCCCUGGUGCCAGCACCCGCGGCAGCAGCAGCAGAAGCAACAACAGCAGCAGGUGCAGCAGCUACAGAGAGUCUUCCUCUUGUCCCCCGUGCCCUGCUGCAGUCACUUGCUGGCGAGUUGGUGACACCGCAGCAACAGCAGCAACAACAGCAGCAGCAACAGCAGCAGCAGAAGAAGGUGCAGCAGCGAACUCCAUCUACCGCAGCGCCCGAGUCUGCAAUGGGCCUUCAAGAGCAGCAGCAGCAACAGCAGCAGCAGCAACAGCAACCGAAGCAGCAGCAGGACGGCCUGUCCCCACCGCCACUGCAACUUCCAGCAGCCCGUAGCGCAGACAGUAAGAAGAAUAUCCAAGCAGCAGCAGCAGCAGCAACAGCAGCAGCAGCAACUCCUGGUUCCUUAUGGGCAUCACAAGAUUCAACAGCAGCAGACUCUGAUGAUUUGCUGUCGUCACGCCGCAGCAGCUGCGCGCUGCUGCUGCUGCUGCGGGAGCUUUCUAAUGGAACAACAGCAGCAGCAACAGCAGCAGCAGCACCAGCAGCAGCAAAUGCUGACGCUGUUGAUACAUCCACGGAUGCCCUGGAAGGAGAUGGCUCCUGCCUGCCGCAGCAGCAGCAGCAGCAGUUGCUGCUACUGAGUAAGUCCGUCCUCCAGCAGCAGCAGCAGCAGCAGCAAGGAAGCGCUGCAGAAGCCAUCGCCGCGAACGUGACUGCGCAGCAACACCUCCUCGACAUUGACAGCAGCAGCAGCAGCAGCAGCAGCACUCAAUGGAAGCUGCUGCUGCCACGAGAGAUGCUAGCAGCAACUUGGCACUCUGUGCGUCUUGUUAGGCGUUGCUUCUUGCUAUGGCAGCAAUAUAAGACAGCAGAUUUGCUGCGGCGGCAGCAGCAGCAGCAGCAGGUGCUGCAGCUAAGGAGCCAGCUGCAUCUGCUGCAGCUGCAGCAAACUUGGAUAGCCUGGCGCUGUGCCUUGCAGCAGCGGAUUAAUGAUGAUGCUGCUGCAGCGCAACAAUUGUCGCUGCUGCUGCUGCGGCGGCUGCUGCUUAGCUGGCGGCGUUUAGCGGAGCCCCGCAUGCAGCGGUCUGCUUCUGUUGCUGCUGCAAUACAGCAGCAGCAGAAAAAAAAUACCUUUGUUGCUGUGAUAGCAGCAUGGAGACAACGGACCUGGAAGCAGCGCCAGUUGCGGCGUGCUGCUGCUGCUGCUUCUGCCUUGUGGUCUACUCGGGUUUCCUCUGAGGUGUUCGCGCUAUGGGCAACUGCAGCACGGCUGCAUGCGCUUGAGACACAGCUUCGACAGCAGCAGCAGCACCGGCUGCUGCAGCAGGUGCUGUCCUCCUGGCGACUUUGCUUCCUGGGUCGGCGUCUUGCUGCUGUGGUGGUGAUGGCGCAGCAGCAGCCGCUGCUGCGACGGGGUUGGCAACACCUGCGUCUGCAUGCAUUUUGCAGCAGACUGCAGCAGCAGACGCUGCAGCGCGCAUUUGCUGCGCUGCUGCAGGCAGUCAACAUGCGGCGAAGACUUGAGUGGUGUCAGGCAUGCGCCACCUUGCAGCAAGCCGUGAGGAGACAGCACGAAGUAUUUGAGCAAUGGCGUUGGCUGCUGCUGCAGCGGCAGCGUGCUGCUGCUUUGCGGUCUGUUGGUGCUGCUGCUGCUGUGCUGCUGCGGCUAAGUCGUUGUUUUGUUGCAUGGAGGGACCUUGCUGCAGCAAAACAGCAGCAACGGCAGCAGCAGCUGCAGCUGCUGCAGCAGAAGCAGCAGCUACAAGGGCCCCAUGGCAGGGCCUUAGCAGCCAGGUGUCUCCGCAUGUGGCGAUUAGCGUAUAGACUGCAGCAGCUGCUGCAGCGUCGUGCUGCUGCUGUUGCAUCCAAGACCUUCUGGGCCCUUAGAGAGGCCCUUAGAGUGCAUGCAGAAAGGCAGCAGCACAUGCGUCAGGUGCAGCAGCAGCAGCAGCAGCAGCUGAAGCAAAGGGUGUUGCAUGGCUGGCAGCAGCUGCUGCAGUGCUGCUGCUAUUAUCGGCAGCAGCUGCUGCGGCGGGCCUUUGCUGCGCUGCGCUUCUCGGCUUGUGUGGCGCGCAGCAUUUUGCUGCUGAUUGCAUGCGUGCAGCGACUGCAGCAGCAGCAGCAGCGGGAGGCGCUGCAGCUGCUGUAUCAGCGGAUGCUGCGCACAAAGAAGCUGCAGCAGCUGCUGCGAGCAGCAGCAGGACAGCGACUGCAGCAAGGACUGCAGGAACUUAAGCAUGCUGUGCAGGUUCGUUGCGGCCUGGUGCUGCAUCGCAUGCAGCAGCACGCGAUGAAGCAGGAGCAGCUGCAGCAGUUUGCUGCAGCAAGGGAGCAGCGGCAGCAGCAGGAAACAAUGUAUAAAGCAUUUGCUGCCUGGAGGCGAUUUGCUGCAGCAAGGCAGCAUGCAGCAAGAGCAGCAGCAGCACUGCAGCAGCUACGUGAGGAAGCAGGGCCUCAGCUGCUGGUGAUGGGGUGUCUGCAUCGAUGGUUGCAUGCGCUGCACAAGGUGCAGCAGCAAAGGAAGGCUGCUGCUGCACUGCAGCAGCUGCAGCUACGUCACUGGUUUGCUGCAUGGCAUGCUGCGCUGCUGGAUGUAAGAGACGCGCAGCAGCUGCAGCAGCAAGCGCUGCAGCUGCAGCGCCAAUGGAAGAUACGCCGUCUGCUGCUGCUGCUGCAGGAGCAGCAACAGGAAGCAGAAUGGAAGGCAUGGUGUAUCCUUAGAGCAGAUGCAUUCCUGCAGCUGCUGCAGCAACGCCAGCAAGCAGAAGUGCUGCUGCAGUGGCGCAGCUAUUUGAGGCGGCAGAAGAAUCUGCGUGCAUGCGCGCAGCAGGUGCAGCAGCAGCAGCAGCAACGGUUGCUGCGUUGGUCUCUGGAGCACAUGAUUACUGCUGCAGCAAAGGGCCAACGACUCAGCCUUGCUGCUGCAGCAGUGCAGCAGCAGCACAGGCUGCUGCUGCUGCGCACCCUGUGGGGCCAUUGGCGGUCUCUGUGUCGCUAUGCACAAGCAGCGACAGCAUUGCUGCAGCAUUUCCUGCUGCUGCAGCACGUUAGGAAGCAAAGUCGGGUAUUGUCCUUCUGGUUAGCAUAUGCAGCAAAGCGCAGCAGAUUGAGGAGAGCAGCAACAGCACUGCAGCUGCAGCAGCAGCAGCAGCAAGACAGUGCUGCUGUGUCGCUGGAGCAGGCUUUUGGGGAGUGGCGACAACUCGUGCUGCAGCGACAGCAGCAGCGCCAAGAGGCGCAGCAGCGGCUGCAGCAGCUGCUGCUGCUAAGACAUCAGCAGCAAAUGAGGAGACUUCUCUUAUAUUGGGGAGCAGCAGCUAAACACAGAGCAGCUGCUAGGAAGGCGGUGCUGCAACGCAUUGCCGUCUUCCACCAGCACCAGCAGCAGCAACAGCAGCAGCAACAGCAGCAAAAUGUGCUGCUGCUGCCUCCGCCAACCCUGAGUGGGAGACGACGUGCUGCUUCUUUGAGUAGCAGCAGCCGCCUAACCAGCAGCAGCAACAGCGAUAGCAGCAGCAGCCGCAGAAGCAGAAGCAGCAGCAGCAGCAGCAGCAGCAACGACAGGAUUGAAGCUCGCUCGCGCCCUCCCCAGAGACUGCGGUGGCAGGACACAAGCUACACAGCAGCAGCAACAGCAGCAGCAGCAGCAGCAGCAACAGACACAGCAGAAGCAGAAGAAGAAGCAGAAGUAUCUGAUGAGACAUCAAGCUCGUCAUCUCCCACAGCGUCAAACCACCACCACCAUCAGCAGCAGCAGCAGCAACAGCAGCAGCAGCAGCAGCAGCAGCAGGAUGAGGCACUAAGUCUAUCUUUUUCUCGUGAGGCAUUCCUCUCUCAUUCACAAACAUCAGAAGAUGAUUUGCUGCUGCAGCAACGAUGGCGGCAGCAAAUGCAUCAGGAGCAGCGGAGGCAGCCACGUCUUAUGACGCCACCAGAGCAACUGCAGCAGCAGCAGCAGCAGCAAACCCAGCAGCAGGAGCAGCAGCAGCAGCAGCAGCAAAGGCGACAGCAGGGGUUGGCGUUCGGUUAUCCUCUCCCUAGUUCGUCAUUACAUCUUGAAGAUCUUGAAGAUGAUACACCGCAUGGAACAGCAGCAGCAGCAGCAACAGCAGCAGCAAGGGCAGCAGCAGCAGCAGCAACUGUUGCUGCUGCUGCAACCUCAAGACAUAUUGUUUCUUCACGCCAUUCUGCUGGGACACGCCCAAGGAGCAGCAGCAGAAACAGCAGCCGCCGCAACAACAACAGCAACACCAGCAGCAGCAGCAGCAACAGGAACAGCAGCAAUAGCAGCAACAGCAGCAGCAACACCGGCAGCAGCAGCGCAGUUACUUUGCCCCCUCGGCGCAGCAGCCACCUCCCUUAUAGACAGAUGCACCCAGAGAUAUUUGACAGCAGCAGCAGCAGCAACAGCAGCAGCAGCACUAGCAACAACAACGACAAAAUCAGCAGCAGCAGCAGCAGCAGCAGUGACAAUACAGCAGAUAGCAGUCAGUGGCGCAACAGCGCCCUUAGCGGACUCUUAGACGAUGCUGCUGCUGCUGCUGUUGGCAGUAGACAGCAGCAGCAGCAGCAGCAGCACGAGCAGCUGCAACACCUUCGGGUGUCUCGACGGCGGUCGAUGAGCUCCGUAAGCGCAGCAAGAUAUCAGAGCAGCAGCAGCAGCAGCAGCAGAAACGGAGCGCUAAGUGACGCGAGCAGAAGAGUGGCGAGGCGACGCAGCAGCAGCAAGAGGCGUAGACGCAGCAGCAGCAACAGCAGCAGCAGCAGCAGUGGUGAUGAGUUUGCCCGUACUGCUGCGCUGCCUCCUUCACCAUAUUAUGUAGCAGCAGACAAGCUGCCUAGACACCGAAGGUCCCUGCAUGCACUACAGCAGCAGCAGCAAGAGCAGCAGCAAGAGCAGCAGCAGCAGGAUGCUGCUGAUGAUACUGCCUCUCGUGCAGAUAGCGAACUCCUCUUACGUAAAGCUUGGGAGGGAGAGCUGCCGCAGCAGCAGCUGCUGCUGCAGCUGCGGCAAGACGUCCGAGCUGCAACAGCAGCAGCUGCUGCUGCUGCAGCAACAGCAGCAGCAGCAACAACAGCAGCAGCUGCAGCAGCAGCGAGUACGCCGCCGCAAGAAGACAGCAAUUAG